AAAAUAGAAUCAAAACAAAACAAAUAAUUAACAAAAAUAAGCCGGUAAUUGUCUGAAAAUAUGUGUAGUAUAAUUUUAAUUACAGGACCUCCAGGAGUGGGAAAGACCACAUUGGUUCACAAGAUCUGGUCGAAGCUUCGUGAAAAAAACUUAUCCUCCCGAGGAUUCUACACGGAGGAGGUAAGAGGCGAGAAUGGCCAGAGAAUAGGAUUCGAUGUGGUGACCCUGGCGGGAAAACGAGGAAUCCUGUCACGUGAGAAUCCGGCAGACCUCAAAAAACGCCCACAAGUGGGGAAGUACUCAGUUUACGUCCAGGACUUUGAAGAUCUUGCGCUGCCAUUGCUACACACCAAGGAUCCAGGAUCGGAGAGAGAACUCCUGAUAAUCGAUGAAGUGGGAAGGAUGGAGCUAUUCAGCAAGAAGUUCGAAUCAGCCGUCAGGGAUCUGCUCCGACAGAAGACUCCCCUGGUGAUCACCAUACCCCAGAAGGGCCACCUGCCCCUAGUGGAGCAGCUCAAGAAACACCCAGGUGCCAUCCUCCAUAACGUAACCAAGUCCAAUCGAGAGGCUCUAGUUCAAGAAAUCACGGAUCUCAUUGAAAAGUCACUGAUUGUAACAAAAUAAUCUUGUUGGUCUUUUAUUUUUA